CGUUGAGAAGUGUGGCCGAAAGCUAGACAGAGUGUUCAAGGAUUAGUUAGGAAAGAUGGACGGAGAAGGAGCUUACCUAACCUCGAUAGGAGGAGAAGUGAAAACAAAGGAAUCAAGAACAAAUAGCCCUGGCAGAAAAAUGAGCAUCGACGUCGACAACGACGCGGAAAGAAUAAGGAGGGUCUUAAUAGAGCUAGACACUCGUGUCAAGGAACCAGAGGGACGAAGCUCCAAGAGCGAAGGCUGGAGGAAAGAAGCUUUGAGAAGGACAAAGAUGGCAAGGUUUGUCGAUCCUGGGGUAAGAGAACCUCAUAGAGAGGUCGCGAGCGAGCCUUACAGGAGGGGCCCUCAUUCCAUGGAGUAUGCGCCAGGCACUUAUGUGUCUCCCUUUCUAGGGGCGCCAGCGUUACAAUCUCCCGGACUGGCUCGGAUUCAGACAAUAUUUACAGGGAAGAAUGUCACGGAAUUCCUAGAUGAUUGGGAAGUGUUAGGAAUGCGAGCAGAAUGGAGUGAUCAAGAUAUGAUAGUGAACUUCCUCCACCAUACGGCCCCAAAGAUAGACCGUGAAGUGAGGGACGCUAUCCCAGAUAAUUGGCGCUGGUUGACGUUCAGGGAGAGAGUUGCCAGAGUCUUCACAUGUGACGAGACCUCUUACUCAAUAGACGACUUAAAAGAGACGAAGAAGCAAGAAGACGAGAGUCUAGUGGCGUUUGCAAGGAGAUACGAGAAGGCGUCUAAUCCCCUGGUAGAAGGAGGGUUUAUGGGGGAGAUAGAGCGAUGCGGAAUAUUCUUAGGGUUUUUAUCUCGAGAGAAAUGCGAUAAGAUCAUGAGGGAUCUCCCGUCCAAAGUGGUGUUCGGUCAAGUCAAGCUUUUAGUCCACGAUAAAGAGGGGCAAAGCGUUAAAGCACACCUCGCAAGGAUCCUCGACAAACUAGGAAAGGAAGUAACUGCGGACAAUGAGGGAGGAAGACCUCAGUAUGAGGAUAGAAGAUCCCGAAUUGAAGGAAGAGAGGUCGGCACAGGCUCGCCUAGAAGGGGGGAGUCGAUCAGAGGCGAUUGCGAUUGGAAGAAAGGAGGAAGAGGAUAUUGGAAGAGGAACGACGGAGAAUGGGGGACUUCUUCCAAGUGGUCCAACAUUAAAGAUAGCCGGUGGAAGCCGAAGGAAGAGAUAGAGGUUAGGAGGUCCGAAAGACGAGAGGAGGAGAUGGUGAAGCAGAUAGAAGUUCUGAAGGCGGCGGUGGAGAAGUUACAAAGUAGUAAUCAAAGAAAGGAAGAGACCCCGACUCGAGCCGCACCCCGAACAGAGAAUCGCGGGGACCCUAGUCCGAAGCGGACUUGGAAUAGUAAGGUCUGUAUCUACUGUGGGGAUGAGGACCACCAAAAGAGAGACUGUCGUGCGAUGAUGGAAGCCCUGACGGAAGGCAUCAUCGAGUUAGAUGAUCGGAAGUAUGUGAUGUGGGCGGAUGANGACCACCAAAAGAGAGACUGUCGUGCGAUGAUGGAAGCCCUGACGGAAGGCAUCAUCGAGUUAGAUGAUCGGAAGUAUGUGAUGUGGGCGGAUGAGGGGAAGCCAGUGCCCUUCCUACCCUCGAUGAAGAUCAAUGUAGAUAUCAGGAGGUGACGGAUGAAUGAGACGAAGGGAAAACAAGCACAAGAGUCAGCGGAAACAAAGGUUUUCCGAGUGA